CGAGGGCGGCGCGCGGAGCUCGGAGCGUCCCUCCCUGUUCCCCGUGACCCGGCGGCGCGAUGGCGGCUGCGGCGGAGCGCACCGAUGAGCUGGUGCGGGAAUAUCUGCUCUUCCGCGGCUUCACGGCCACCUUGAAGCAGUUCGACGCGGAGAUCAAGGCGGACAAAGAGAAGGGCUUCCGGGUAGAUAAGAUAGUGGACCAGUUUCUGCAGUUCGUUCAUAGCUAUGAUCUGGCUGCCCUUCGGGAUUACUGGAGCUACCUCGACAGACGCCUUUUCAGUCGAUUGGAGGAUAUGUACCGACCUACCGUGAACAAGCUGAAAAUUAGUUUAUACCGCUACUACCUCGUUCAUACUGUGCAGACAAACAGGAACGACAAGACACAGGAAUUCUUUCUCAAACAAGCCUCUGAACUUCAGAACCAAGCUGAGUGGAAGGACUGGUUUGUUCUACCUUUCAUCACCAAUCCAGAUGCAAACCCUACUUUUGCAACAUAUUUUUCCCGCCAGUGGGCAGACACUUUCAUCGUUUCUCUGCACAACUUCCUCAGUGUCUUAUUUCAGUGUAUGCCUGUACCAGUAAUCUUGAACUUUGAGACAGAAUGUCAGAGAAGUUGUUUCCUGCAAGAAGAAAAUGAAAUUCUGCGUCAAAAGCUGUUUGCCUUGCAAGCAGAGUACUUCCGAAUAAAGAAAGAGGAGCAACAGCAGCAGGAAGAGGAGGAAGAGCUGAUUCUCCACCACAAGCUUCCUUCCUACGUGACCAACAUGGACCAUCUGGGGGACUCAGAGCUUGACAUGACAUGCAACCAAAGAAGCCCUGCUCAUUCUCUGCAGACCCGAGGGGGAUUCCUGUCGUCUCUGCUGUCUCAGAGCAAAAAGGGCUCCUCUAGAACAACAGGAUCCAGCUCGGCACAGACUGGCGUGGUGUCGGUGGGCAAGAAAGAGCAAUCAAACCACCAGAGCACCAAAGGAAAGGAGGCAGCCACUGCCUGCAAGGAAUUAAAAAGUCACUUCAGUAGCCCAGUGGCAGCAGAGUCCAACUUCCUACAGCAGCGUCAGAGGCGUCUGCAGGAUCAUGGGAAGGAAAGGAAAGAACUUUUAACUAAAACCGCUUCCCAGGGGCAGAAUGUUGACAGGAAGAUGGAGGCUAUUGCCACUGAAACAGACCCUCCCCCUGAGCUGCAUGCUGAGCAAGCAGAAACCCUGACCAAAGCUUUCGGGUCCAGCAUAGAUGCUGGAGGCAUCAGGCAAGAGCAGCCAUUCAUUGUCCUGAGCCAGGAGGAAUAUGGAGAACACCACUCAUCCAUCAUGCAUUGCCGGGUUGACUGCUCUGGUCGAAGAGUGGCCAGUUUGGACGUGGACGGAGUCAUAAAGGUGUGGUCUUUCAACCCCAUCAUGCAAACGAAAGCAUCUUCCAUUUCCAAGUCUCCCCUGCUUUCCCUAGAAUGGGCGACCAAACGGGACAGGCUGUUGUUGCUGGGUAGCGGAGUUGGGACUGUUCGUCUUUAUGACACUGAAGCCAAGAAGAAUCUUUGUGAAAUCAGCAUUGAUGAAGACAUGCCCAGGAUCCUCUCCCUCGCGUGCAGCCCAAGUGGUGCUUCUUUUGUGUGUUCAGCUGCUGCGUCUGGCCUUGGCAACCAGCUCGAUCAUGGAGCACAAGAUUGUGGAGGGAAAGGCAUGAAUCAAGUUCCAGGGAAACUGCUUCUAUGGGACACUAAAACCAUGAAGCAGCAGCUCCAGUUUUCUCUUGAACCUGAGCCCAUUGCUAUAAACUGCACAGCCUUCAACCACAAUGGGAAUCUGCUGGUCACUGGAGCAGCGGAUGGCAUAAUCCGUCUCUUUGACAUGCAGCAGCAUGAAUGUGCUAUGAGUUGGAAGGCCCAUGAUGGGGAAGUCUACUCUGUUGAAUUCAGCUAUGACGAGAAUGCUGUUUACAGCAUUGGAGAAGAUGGGAAGUUUAUUCAGUGGAACAUUCACAAAAGCGGCUCCAAAGUGUCUGAAUAUGCUCUUCCCAGAGAUGCCACCGGCCCCUUUGUGUUGUCUGGCUACAGCGGAUACAAGCAGGUCCAGUUCCCACGUGGAAGGCUCUUUGCAUUUGACUCGGAAGGAAACUACAUGCUGACCUGUUCUUCCAAUGGGGGUGUCAUCUACAAGCUGAACAGUAACGACAAGGUCCUGGAGAGCUGCCUCUCUCUGGGAGGACACAGGGCCCCGGUGGUCACCGUGGACUGGUGCACAGCGAUGGAUUGUGGGACCUGCCUGACUGCCUCCAUGGAUGGAAAGAUCAAACUAACCACUUUACUUGCACAGAAGUCAUAGAGGAAACUGUGCUGAUAGGAAAGCACAAACUGUUGACUUUUCUGGGGGAGAAAUCAGUAUUAGCCAUCUAGAUUCAGACUACUUUGGGCAGGAGAGGCUGUUUAAACCACUCGUCUUAAUGUUGCUUUCUCCUCUAAGGUUGGAAACUUUUUUAAAGCUGAUGCCAAACCACUGCCAGAUAGGAGUUUCAGUUACAGCCGUUCCCCCUAAAUUAAACAAUGCUCUUAGCAGGCAUGCACUGAUCUACAGGCUCUUUCCAGUGACGACCAGCCCCGUUCCCCCCUCCUGGGUCCUCAACAGCACAUGGCCAUAAACCUCCAGGAUUGUGCCAAGGUAUGCGAUACAGACUUGUAAACAUCCCAGCGGAAAACAGGGCCUGUGUGAAACCUUAACAGUAUUCUGUGUCUGCUCCUGUGUUUCUUAUUAAAAGCAAAUGUUUUCAUUGCA